CCUGUAGGAAUCAACUGUCGCCAGCAGAUGGCAGUAAUGCGACGACGUGGACGCAAGCUGCUGUUUCUCUGAAGCCAAAGACGAAGAAGAAAUAACAGUUUUAGUUUCACCACUACUGUGUUUCAAGGCUUGUGUAAUGGAAGAAAAUUACCCAUUUCCAGUGGAAUACGACUCUCUGUUUGCUGAAACAUUCAGUCAGGAGACUCAGUACAGUUUGUGCGGUCAGGAGCUGAAGAUAAGACAACUGUUUGGUGCGAACCUCGGCGUGGCUGCACCGGUCUGGGAAUCUGCGCUGCUUCUGUGUCGUUUCUUGGAGCAGCAGCAUGUGGAGCUGAGAGGAAAACGUGUCAUGGAGCUGGGAGCGGGGACCGGCGUGGUUGGUAUUUUAGCAGCUCGCUUCGGUGCAGCUGUGACCCUCACUGACCUUCCUCAUGCUGUCCCACAGCUCCAAGUCAAUGUCUCACACAACAUGCCAGCCGGUGGUUGGCCUUCUACUCCUCCCAGGGUCCUCCCUCUGUCCUGGGGUGAGGACCACCUGAACUUUACAUCUGACUGGGAUCUGGUGUUUGGCGCAGAUAUAAUUUACCUCCCAGACACAUUUCUGCUGCUCAUGAAGACACUAAGUCAUUUGUGUAAGAAGGGCGCUGUCGUUUAUUUCUCGUCCAAGAUGCGGGGAGAGCACGGGACUCAGCGUUUCUUUGAAGAAUGUCUGCCAAGCAGAUUUAAUGUGGCACUUGUGCACCGUGAUGAGCAACAAAACAUUAAUAUCUACAAGGCAUCUUUGAAAACAGAUGAGUGAAAGCUGGAGCAGCUGUUUUUAGGACUGGAACUAGGAUGUACUGAAACAAUUCAUGGAUCAAAUGUCUUAGAUAUUUUUUUAAAUAACAGCGAAAACAAUCCGCAAAGCAUGUUGCACAUUCUUAAUUUUAAAAUGAAGUGAAUCAUACAAAAGAUGGAGGUUACCUGUCGAGCUGCACUAUGUCAUGGAAGUUACUUUUUUACUCAACUGACUAUAAGAUUUUUAUGGGCCUUUAUGGCAGGUACUCAUAUAUUUUUAAAGGGAUUUUAUAUGAUUUGAAAAGGAAACACAGUCUUUUGUAAUUAUUAAAGUAUCCUAAUGAAUA